AUGGAUCAAGAUCGCCAUAACGACCGGUAUAACGACCAGCCCGGCCUGGAAUCGGCUCAGGACCAGUGGGCCACGGCGCCCAUCCCCCAAAGCCCGGCGACGCAGAGCUUGGGGAUGCAGAGCAUGGCGACGGACCCGAAGUGGAUGGGAAGCCAACAACACUACGCCGUGCGUGAUGAUGUACCGCCGCCGCCGCCGUCCGAGAAGCGCCGCGUCCUAGGUCUCACAGUCCCCGUGUUUUGGGGCCUCGUCACCGCGCUGGUGAUCAUCCUGGCCGCCGGCAUCGCUGGAGGCGUCGCCGGCGGACUCAUAACGCAAAAGGCCAACUCCUCGUCAGACAACCAGGACACCCAGACCAGCCCAACAGCAACCGUGGCGUCCUCUUCCGCAUCCUCCUCGCCCAGUUCUAUUGCAUCGGGAACGACGACGGCGACGUCGUCCAGCGCCUCAGCGACUAGUUCCGUCUUACCUGACGGCAAACUACCCGCGCCCACGGACGGCGGGUGUCCCGGCAUCAACAUGACGACGUACACGCCCACCAACGCCGAGAGCAAGGCCAUCACCGUCAACGGCGGCUCGGCCCAGACCUUCCGCCAGCUGUGCGAGGUCAACUACGCCUCGGGCGCCACAUGGGGCAACCCCGACAUCCACGACAUCCUCAAGACCUACGUCUCGACGUUUGAGCAGUGCAUGACGCUCUGCGCAUCGUACAAUGUCCAGUACGCCGACAACCUCAAGAACGGCAGGGUGUCGGGGGGAGGCUGGUGCCGGUCCGUCGCCAUGAUCAAGACUCCCGGGGAGUACUGCUAUCUGAAGAACGGGACGGGCAAGUCGAAUACGCAGAACCACCCGGCGGAUUUCGUCACCGGCGUUGUGGUUCUUGGUCUUGAUCAAAUUUAG